AUGAUGAAGUCUGUUGCUUUCCUUGUGGCUUUGUUGGCUGUUGCCAGCGCAUUUGCUCCCAACAAUGCUAGCCCCCGAACCAGUGUUGCCGUGAACUCUCUGUUCGACGAUUCGGACCGAAACAAAUACGGAGCCCGUGCUUCCAAGAACCUUACCCCCAAGGACAUUGGUUCUGGAGGAUACGUUCCCGAUGGUUUGUCUGCAUCUGAAUACAACUCCAUCCGAAAGAACGAGGCCGCCAAGAAGGCCGCCAACUACCAACGCAAUGUUGCCAAGGCCGGCAAGUCCAAGACUCACUGA